CACCAUUAAAUUUAAAAAAUAAAAAAAUGAGAAGGGAAAAUUUUCUUCUGGAUUUGACUUGAUUGGGCUAUAUAUAACCAGGGAUAGGGGAGAAGAGCAAGAAGAAAAAUGGGUUCUUUGAGGAAUUGUACAGGGGCAAGUCUUGUGGACGAGGAGGAAGAAGAGGAACCCAUAUUGACGGAGCAAUCUCAAAGAUUCUGCAUGUUCCCCAUUAAAUACCCUCAACUUUGGGAAAUGUACAAGAAGGCUGAAGCCAGUUUUUGGACAGUGAAAAGUUUGUUGAUGCACGUUUGCUCUUUUAAAUGUUCUAACAUUGAUGUCUGGGAUUCAGCCGAAGAGGUCGAUCUUUCUCUGGAUGUGCAGCACUGGGAAACAUUAUCUCAUUCUGAAAAGCACUUUAUAAGCCAUGUACUGGCUUUUUUUGCUGCAUCAGAUGGGAUCGUUCUGGAAAAUUUGGCUGCUAGGUUCUUGAAAGAUGUUCAAAUUCCAGAGGCUCGUGCAUUUUAUGGCUUUCAAAUUGCCAUUGAGAAUAUACAUUCUGAGAUGUACAGCUUGCUUUUGGAAACGUACAUCAAAGACUCCAGAGAGAAGAAUAGAUUGUUUAAUGCCAUGGAAACUGUUCCUUGUGUUGCUAAAAAGGCCAAGUGGGCUUUGAAUUGGAUUCAGAGUUCACGCUCAUUUGCAGAGAGACUUGUAGCUUUUGCUUGUGUUGAGGGAAUAUUCUUCUCAGGGAGCUUUUGUGCUAUCUUUUGGCUUAAAAAGAGGGCAUUGAUGCCUGGCUUGACAUUCUCAAAUGAGCUUAUCUCAAGAGACGAGGGUCUUCACUGUGAUUUUGCUUGCCUUUUAUACAGUUUGUUGCAGAAGCAAGUACAAUGGCAAAAGGUUCAUCAAAUUGUCCAUGAGGCUGUUGAAAUAGAGAUUGAGUUUGUAUGUGAUGCUCUUCCUUGUGCAUUAAUUGGCAUGAAUGCUGCACUAAUGAGCCAAUACAUCAAAUUUGUUGCUGAUCGCCUAUUGGUUUCAUUAGGGUGCCAGAAAAUGUACGAUGUAGAAAACCCCUUUGACUGGAUGGAGUUUAUUUCCUUGCAAGGAAAAGCAAACUUCUUUGAGAGAAGGGUGGGUGAUUAUCAGAAGGCUUCUGUUAUGUCAAGCUUGCAAGAUGGUUCAAAGAACUUUGAAUUCAAACUUGAUGAGGACUUCUAGUGUUUCAUCUGUCUCUAUUCCAACAAAUAUUGCCUCGACUGUGUUGAAGUUUGUGAAAAUUCUUUAAAAAGUGAAGUUUAUAGUACAUAUCAUUAUCAGUCCAUUUAUGGCAUUUGUUUGCCUCUAGAAUUAGUGCAAGGAAUUGGGAUUUCACUGUCAAGCUUGGGAUUUUUGUAAUCACAUUGAGCUGUCCUCCAAACUUGUUACUGUGCCUCUUUUGCGUAGCAUCCUUCUGAGGCACAGGAAGAUGCCUUAGAUUUUAAUAUAUUGCUUAGAUUUAAAUA